UCUCUCUCUCUCUCUCACACACCCUCUCUUUCUCUCUCGGUCUCUGUCUCGAACAUCUGGAGCGACGAGUCACUUCCUCUGUUUUUCCCGUAGCUUUUCAAGGCCAGUCAACAGAGGUAGCCAUGCCUCACCAUGACGACACUCUGACGACGGGAGGGAUGUCACGCUGAAGGGGACGAGGCUGUCUCCGAACCGCAUCGCACCUCGAAAAAACCCCCACCAUCACCAUCCGAGAGUGGCUUUGCCGUGAACAGCAGUCAUCAGUUGAACCCAGAGAGGGGCAGUUUGGAUGUGUGUGUGUGUGUGGGGGGGGGAGGCGGGUGUUCCCUUUCAGCGCUGAAGGCCAAGUGGCUGGAAAAACAUUUGAAUUCUGUGGUUUUUGUUCCCGGCUCCACCGCUCUGCUUCGUGCCACUGGAGUCUACAACCGGAGGUGCUUCUGGUCUCGCUCGACGUGCUCAGUUCCUUUUUUCUCGACAUCACUUUGCAUGCUCCCUUGGGGGGUGGGGGGCGGCGCCGCCUGGGGACAAUAAGUGCUUUUGUCUGUCUGUGUGUGUGUGUGUGUGUGUGUGUGUGGCUCAAGGCACUGUGACGGUCAUUAGGGGUGCUUGUGACUGUCCUUAGGGGUGCUGUUUUGGCCUCCCUUCACCAUGAGCUGCCCGUGGGCCACACCUGCUGGUCUCCGCGUGGGCCCCGGAUCCCAGAAGAGCUUCCUUCCUUCCUUCCUCCAGACCCGACCCCUGCUGGAUGCCUCCGGUGCCCAUGCAAAUACAUGUGUGUAGGCGGGAGGACACUUUCUACAGUUAGCCCUGCAGGACCUGAGAAUGCCUGCAGCGAGUUUCAGCAAGGCUUUUUUUUUUUUAAACUCUUCUGUCUUCUGCUUUGAUGAAGUUGUGAUGAGGAAACUGUUCUCUCUCUAACACGUGCUCGCACACGAAAGGCAUACAGGUGUCCGCGUGCAGUGGGCAGUGAGACCAUGAGAGAGGUGUGUGUGGACGGACCGUGUGUGACGCGUGCGUUCUUGAUCUUUCCGUCACACUCUUGGAUUACUCUGCCGGACUGCGACCGGUCGGACCAGUGCCUCGAGGGAGACCAAACAGACCUGGGCGUGUGUGGCGGAACAUAUCCCGGUGUUGAGUCGCCAUGACAACAGCAGCGUGGUAUCACCGGGACAUCAGCCGCGUGCUGGCGGAGGACCUGCUGGCUCGGGCCGGGCGCGACGGCAGCUUCUUGGUGCGGGACAGCGAGUCCGUGCCGGGAGCCUACGCCCUGUGUCUGCUGUUCCAGCGACAUGUCCAUACUUAUCGUAUCCUCCCUGAUGCCGAGGGACUAUUGGCUGUUCAGACGACCCAGGGAGUGCAGGUGAACUGCUUCCGGACCCUGAGUGACCUGGUGUCGGGGUACCAGCAGCCUCACAAAGGCUUGGUCACCCCCCUUCUCUACCCAGUGGGCCCUGAAGUAGAACCAGUGGAGGAGAGCUCAGAUGGUGAUGAUGAGAAGCCCAUGAGUGGCCCCUCUCCUGGCUCUAUGGCGCCCCCUGCAGUUCCUCCAGCCCCAGCUACCCCGACACCCCAGCAGCUGCUGCUCCAGCGGCUACAGGACAUCACCACCCCCAGUGUGGCGUCAGAGGUGGUUUGCAUGCUGGGAGAGUAUCUGCGUGGGGACCUCGGUCAAGACCUGGACGGUCUGAAGAGAAGAGGCAGCGGCCUGCAGCAUCUGCAGCGCAUUCUCAGCGCAGUCUGCCAGGGCCUGAGCAGUGAGAUUGACUUCACCUUAUCCAGCUUAGAGACUUUGGCCAAAGUCUUUGACCAUCCCAGCUGUCCCCUGUCCUGCCCACGACCUCAGAGUGUGGGGAAGACAUCAGAUAUAAGCCUAGAAGGUCUGCUGUUCAAGAUCUCUGCCCUUUGCAACCUGUUGUCCACUCUGGAGAAGAGGGUGUUGAAAGCUCUGCAGGAUGCUGUGGUCAAUCACAACCUAGCAACGCAGCCUGCCCCUGCCCCUGCUCCUGCUCCUGCCCCUGCUCCUGCUCCUGCUCCUGCUCCUGCCCCUGUUCCUGAAGUCUCACCCCCAGUGAAAAACCACACCCCUCCCAUACCAGUGCACAGCUUUCAGGUGAAACUGGUCCGGUAUGGGAGAAUGGUGGUAUCUGUGGACGUGGACACGGGAGUGCUGCUGUUUGACAGGAAGUCUGCUUCCAUCGGUGUGGAGACGGUCACACAAGAUAGAAUUUUGCAGCUGAUCAAAUUUCAGAGCCUUCCAGCCAAGCUGAGGAUGGUGGUGGACAGUCAUCUUAAUACCCCACGGGAACUGCUGUUUGAGAGCACAAAGAAACGAGAGGCCUUCUGCCACCUCCUCCAGCUGAUGAAGACCAGACACUCUCAGCAGACCGAGCCUGACGUCAUCUCUGUGUUUGUGGGCACGUGGAACAUGGGAGGCUCCCCUCCUCCACGCAGCCAGCAGUCCUGGCUCACGUGCGGUGGCCUCGGGCGAACCCCCGAUGAGUCCACUGCAUGCUUGCCUCACGACGUGUAUGCGGUGGGCACGCAGGAGAACCCGCAGGGGGAGAGGGAGUGGGCCGAGCACGUGCGCACCUCCCUCAGGAGUGCCACCAGCGUUGAGUAUAGACAGGUGGCAGUACAGUCCCUGUGGAACAUCCGCCUGGCUGUGUUUGUGAGACCGGAGCAUGAGAACCGUAUCAGUCAAGUGAAUUCAGCAAGUGUUAAGACGGGCCUUGGGAAUGCAUUGGGAAGCAAAGGGGCGGUUGGAAUCUCUUUCCUCUUCAACGGAACCUCCUUUGGCUUUGUAAACUGCCAUCUAACCUCAGGCAGUGAGAAGGCCCUCAGGAGGAACCAGAACUGUCUGGAUGUCCUGAGGCUGUUGUCUCUGGGUGACCGGCAGCUCAGUGCCUUCGACAUCAGUCUGCGCUUCGCUCACCUCUUCUGGUGCGGGGACCUGAACUACAGGCUAGACCUAGACGUGCAGGAUAUCCUGAAGCACGUGUCCAAGAGAGAGUUCGACGAGCUCAUGUGUGCUGACCAGCUGACACGGGAGCGUCACAAGAGGAAGGCCUUCUUCAACUUCAAGGAAGAGAAGAUCACGUUUCCCCCGACCUACCGCUAUGAGCGCGGCUCCAGGGACUGCUACUUGUGGCAGAAGUACAAGACCAGUGGGGUGCGUAUUAAUGUGCCGUCUUGGUGUGACCGAGUUCUGUGGAAGUCCUACCCUGAGACACACAUCAUGUGUACCUCAUAUGGGUGCACAGAUGACAUCUUCUCCAGUGACCACUCUCCUGUUUUUGCCACAUUCCAAGUGGGGCUGACAUCACCCUUCUACAGAACAGAGUCAAAUGCCAGUCUAGAAAAGGCCUGGAUUGAGAUGGAGAGUGUGGAGGCCAUAGUGAAGACUGCCAGUAAAGCAAAGUUCUUCAUCGAGUUUCAUUCCCUGUGCUUGGGAGAAGUCCGACGCUCAAGUGAGAAUGACUCACAGAGCUGCGAGGUCCCAGGGUUCCUCAAACUGGGCUGGUUGUCAAAGCAGCUCCCCAAGCUUCAACCCAUUGUCUCAGAUAUGGAAUAUCUUCGGGACCAGCACCUACUUCUGUCAAUCAAGUCGUGUGAUGGUUUUGAGUCGUAUGGCGAGUGCUGUGUAGCCCUGCGCCCCCUCAUUGGCAGUAUGGCGGAGCCCUUCGAGACCUUCCUGACACAUCGGGGCGAGGAGACCGGGUCCAUUCGAGGACGGGUGCGGGUCCAUGUGCCCGUAGACCGGCGCCAGGCCAGAGAACGCAUAUAUGAGUGGUUCUGCUUCGAAAAAGAUGAGAAGGGUCUCGUGAGGGGCCGCCUGUCACCUCAACCAGCUCGUGGACCCCAGCCCCGAUCCUCAGCACCUCCUCGGUUUCCGGCACCAAACAGCUACACCAACCCAGCCUACGUCAUGUUCGAGGGAGUCCCAGUCCUGCGGCGAAAAGAGGAGGAAGCUCACCCCCGGAAGGACCCUCCGAUGGUAUGGUCACGGGACUCAGUGGUACAGCUCCCCAGGGUGACUGGGGGCCACGUUCCGGAGAGGAAGGCCCCCCGUCGGUCGGACUUCACUGAAAUUGAGAUCCCUGGUUGCCUUCCCCCUUACAUGCCUCCCGGUGACCGCCCUUCUCAACCCUCACCGCAACACGGUACAUCUUACCAGCUGUUCCCAACCAAACAGCCACCUCCCUCCCUGCCCAGUUCAAGCAGUAUACACCCAUCCAAAGACUACCACUUGCAGUCACGAGUCAUUAAGGCAAGUGUGGCUCCAGAAACAGUCAUUUCAGUGAAGAACCUGAGCAACAUGUACAUAAAUCAUUCUGCCAUCACCAGGGAGACACAGAGACCCCAGAAAGAGCCAGUCAGAAAAGAGCGUCCCAGGUUGCACCUGGAGCAAACCAGCACGGGGCGCAAUGGGCCCCCCCUCUACCCCUACAUGUCAGCUAGGGCACCCCGUUGUGAGGCUUCGGCCCCCUGGGUCGUGGAGCAACCUCCCGCGCCCUCCGGAGACAACUCCCUCACAGCCCUGCAGAUCGCCAAGUCCCUGAGUGAGGUGGACUUCCAGCCAGCGGAGAGCAAAAGCAAGUACCGGCCUACCCUCAGGCCCAAGCAGCACAGGAACCAUGGGCACCACCCAGCACUGGCCAGUGAGGGCAGUUACUGCUGGGAGAAAGAGGUUUCUGUCCUACACGGGGCUCCAGAGACUGUGCAAGACCUGUUGAGCACCCUGGGCUUGCAGCGCUACACACUGGGGCUAAGUCUUAAUGGCUGGGAUGACUUGGACUACUUCAGGGGGAUCACUGAGGAGGACCUGCACGCAGCCGGCGUGUCCAACCCCUCUCAUCGCCGCAGGAUCCUGGAGAACCUGCCCAGGAUCUGGGACUGAGCUUGGACUGAGCCCAGCAGGGUUUCACACAUUCCCUCGCUUAAACAUGAGUGGUUUUCUUUUCAGGUAGACACCUCAGGUUCCUGCACGUAAACCCUGUCUAGGUACAUAUCCUAAAUGUGGCAUGUACAUGUAAUUUAUUGGUUUUUUUUUACAGAACAUAUAUAUUUUCCCAAACAUUUUCAUUUUCAUUUCUGCUCCACUGUAACAUCUGAUUGUUAUUUUGUACAAAUCCAUUCCAUUUUCUUCAGUAAGUCAAGGCCUGUCUGGUUUAAGAUCUUUCCAGCGAGUGUCAUGCACUCAUGCACAAAACUGACAGCGUUUACUGUAGAUUCACAUGCCACAUCCCGUCUUUGCCUUUUAUGACAUGAGUUUGGAGCCUUUUUUAAUCACCUGAUUACAGUGUCAAACAGGGGAAAGCCACCACUGCCCGUGAGAACGGAUUGUAAAAUGUCUAUGGGCCCUAACUUCUCAUUAUGUAUAUUUGCCAUCUAAGCAACAUCUUUACAUAUGGGGCUGUUCAGAGUCCUCCUGUUUGUCUCUCCAUUAACAUAUUGUUUAUACUGUCCUUUUAAAGCCAAACUACACAUAUCCCUAUUGUUUGGGCUGUGAUUCAGCAUGAUGGCCCAUAGACACCCACACCUUGACAGGAAUGAGGAUUUAAAUGGCUAGCUUGGCAUUUGUGGUGCAAUAUUUGUGCCAGCACUGCAGUGAGGUUGAGUGUGGUCAAAUAGACUAGCUGGCAUGUACUUCAGUUUAUAUGGGAGGCGAAUAAGCCUGUGGGGCUAUUUAACUGACAACUUCUCAAUUACUCAACCACAAGAAUUGCCAUUUUCUUGGAAACCAAAGCAGCUCCAACUCUCCGCUCCAGAGAAUGAAAAAGCUUUUUGUACAUAUAAUAUUUUUUCUUUGAUAUAUGGAGUCUGUCUCAUAUGAAAAUUGAUGUCUGAGAAUAAACAUGUAGACUGUAAAGUCCUAUUUGCUUUGGCUUCAUAUAAAACAAUAAAACAAUCCACUUCAAGUGUAUUCUUCCUUGCUUUGCAGGCACCCAAGCCCUUGACCCUUGUGCUGAUAUUGCCAUACUAUUGUAACCAAAGAAAGUCCCACCUACUUUUGACCAACUGGGCAACUAUCACACCAGGCUGUGUUUAAAAAAAAAACAGAACUGCAAACAUUUCCCUGUAAAUCUUCACAGACAGAAUUAUAAAGAAGAUAUUAAGCUUCCCUU